AUAAUGCUUUCAGAUCUCCAAACUCUACAGAUCAAAAAAGCUAUGGAAGUGCAGGGUACAGUAACAGAGUUCAAAAGUCCAAGUGAAUUUUACAUACAGAUGAGUUCUCCAGAAGUUUUAGACCGGAUCUGUAAGCUUUCUGUGAAACUGCGAGAGUGUUACUCUGAGGCAGUGACUGGAGAGCAAUACAUGGCUAUCAAAGGGGAAGUCUGCGUUGCAAGGUUUUCUUUGGAUCAGACCUGGAAUAGAGCACUGGUAAAAGAUGUGAAUAUAUUGGAAAAGAAAGCACAAGUAUUCUAUAUAGAUUAUGGAAAUGAAGAAAAUAUUUCACUCUCCUGGAUUAAAGCUCUGCACAAAGAUGUUGAACUCUUGUUUCCUCCAUGUGCCAUUAAGUGUUCCUUUGCUAACUACAAUCCAGAAGAAAAAGGCUGGAAUGAAGGCAUGGCCAGCUUGUCUUCCCGACUCAUGGGAAAGCACUGUUCAGUAACUGUUGUUGACGUAUUACAGGAGGAAGUGAUGUUGAGUUUUGCUGUAGAUGUUGUUCUUCCAGGUGUUGGAGACUGCCUAGGUAAAGUGCCUUUAGAAAUGAGGUCUGAUUUAACUCCAGGAAGUAAUGCUAAAGGAGAAGACUCUCCAAGAGUGUCAGAAAACCAUUCUAAGGCAAGUAAAGAGAAAAUACCUGAAGAUGAAGAAUUUCUUCACUGUGCUAAUUCAGUUGCAGGGUGUGUCUCCGUACGUAUUGGAGAUGCAUUUUCUGGUGUGGUUUCCUUCAUUCAAAAUCCAGGAGAAUUUUUCUGUCAGCAGAUGUGCAGUGCCUGUCAACUUGCUGAGCUUCAAGUGUCUCUUAAUGAACAUUGUGACAAACUUCCUGGUAGCCCAGCUUUCCAUCCUGCUGCUGGAAAUGUGUGCUGUGCCCAGUUCACAGAAGACAAUCUUUGGUAUCGUGCUGCUGUUGUAACAUAUGUUUCUGAGGAUACCACUUUGGUGGGCUAUAUAGAUUAUGGUAAUUUCGAAGUUCUUCCGCUGACUAGACUUCGCCCUAUGAUUCCAAGAUUAACAGACCUACCAGCUCAAGCCAUAAGAUGUACCUUGGCAGGUGUAAAGCCACCAUUAGGAGCCUGGACCUCAAAAGCUGUUUCUUUUAUGAACCAACUGGUGAAAGACAAAGUGUUCACAGUGAAAGUAGUGGAUAAAGAGAGUUAUAGAUCUGUGGUGGAGCUUGUAGAUGCAUCAGUUACUCCAGUAAUAAAUAUAUCAAGCUAUUUAAUAGAGAAGGGCUAUGCAGCUGAGGAAUCGAGGAUGGCCUUACCAGCAACCGGAGUGAGUGAUGUUCAAGCAAAUGAGGACACGAGGAACAAAAGAAUUUGCAAGUGGAGUAAAUUAACCAUUAAACAAACAGUAGAUGUCGUAGUGUGUACGCUAUACAGUCCUGGAGAAUUCUACUGUCAGAUUUCAAAUAACGAUGAGUUAGUUGCUCUAAACUUACUUAACAAAUCAUUGUCUGCAUACUGUCAGAAAACUCCACCAAAUGUUUUUAAGCCUGAGAGUGGAGAACCUUGCUGUGCUUUUUUCUCAGGUGAUGGUAACUGGUACCGUGCUUUGGUACAAAAUAUUACUUCACAUGGAAGUGUUAAAGUAUGCUUUGUGGACUAUGGAAAUGUUGAGGAAGUGCCACUGGAUAAAAUACGGCAGAUCUCAUCCUCAUUCCUAGAACUUCCGUUUCAAGGAAUUAAAUGCUGGCUCUCAGGUAUAAAACCUGGUAAUAACAAAUGGAUUCCAGAAGCUACAGCAAGAUUUCAUAUGUACACUGCAGGGAUAAAGCUUCAAGCUAGAGUAACUUCCUUUUCCAGAGAUGGGGCAGGUGUAGAGCUUAUUGACAAUUCCACAGGUCAUCCAAAAGUGAUCAAUGAGAUAUUAACUUCUGAAAAAUUGGCUGUAAAGGAAGUUGCACAUGAUAAGGAUAACUUUCCAAACGAGUCUGUUGACAAAAAAGAAACCUCACUUGGGCACUGGAAGCCGAUUGAAUUGGCUAUAGAUGAAACUGUACCUGUCUGUGUAACAGAAGUUGUAAGCCCAGACUUGUUCUACGCUGUACCAGUUCAAAUUAAAGGUAAGAAAAAGUGUUCACGGCAGAUGACUGAACUAGAUGGCUACUGCAAAUCUUGUAAGAACCAGCCCUUCGAACCAAAACUGGGUGAAGCCUGUUGUGCCAAGUUUUCAGGUGAUGGCUGUUGGUACAGAGCUCUUGUUCUAAAAGCUUCUCAGUCUGCAGUGACAGUACUGUAUGCAGACUAUGGGCACACAGAAACUUUACCACUUUCAAAGGUGCUGCCAAUCACCGAUUCCUACUUAAAGCUGCCUUUUCAGACAAUUCUGUGUUCACUUGCAGGUGUAGAAAAAGCCGAGUGGUCUCCAUUAUUACUUGACAAGUUGAAAGAAAUGUUGCUGAAUAAGAAUGUCACAAUUACAGUGAAAGGGAUUAAAGGAAAUGUUAAUUUAGUAACAGUGGAGAAACUUUGUGAAAAUGGUAGUCUGAAUGUAGCUGACAAACUGAUAAUGGAAGGUUUGGUCAAAUCCUGCAGUGCUGAAAACUUGCAUAUUGAACAUCACGGUGGUGGAGGUGAGGCCAAAUGCUGCUGCAGAGAAUUAAAAAUGCAAGUAAGAUUCAGUCCAAGCAAUACACACUUGUUUAAGUUUCCAGAAUUUAAAAGAAAUCAUACGCUGGUGAACCUCCUUUUCCCUUCCCCCUCUCUUAAAAAGCAUGAACAGAUACUACACUUCAUUGUAAACAAGUACACAAAUCCGGAUGGAUUCGCUGAAAUCAAAAAACUGUUGGACCACUAA